GCUCUCUAUGGUGCAGCUGGGUCGGUGGCGGUAAGAAGAAAAAGGGGGACCGCACUGCGCAGGCGCCCUCGGCGUCUCUCUCGCUCUCGGUCUUUUUUUUUUUUUUUUCCUUUUUUUUUUUUUUUAAUCCCCGCACCAAGCGCUUAACCUCAUUGGGGUGGAGGAGAAGGCGGCGGCUCUCUGGUCCGCAGCGGCAACAGUAACGAAAAACAGGGCUAAUGGACUGCUGAAUUAUGAAGUAUUUCAGACCCAAUAGUAGAACACCACUCUGCCACUCACUCCUUUAUCUCCUACUAGUUAUUUAAAUUGGACUUUUAAUAUCCUACCAGCUGCUCUUCAGACACACAUGGUGCAUUGUUGCCAUUCCCCAGAUUGCAUCUUUGAAACACAGGCUCUUAGUAACCUUCAGCGAACAAAGAGGCAACCUCCCAGAUACGUCUGCUGGGAGGGAGUCAUCCUGACUGCCCUCUAGCUUUUGCUGGAUCUGGAUUUGAAUUCCACUAUGGAGCCUCGCAUGGAGUCCUGCCUGGCGCAGGUGUUGCAGAAGGAUGUGGGGAAACGAUUGCAGGUUGGCCAAGAACUGAUAGACUAUUUCUCAGACAAACAGAAGUCUGCUGACCUUGAGCAUGACCAGACCAUGUUAGAUAAACUUGUGGAUGGACUUGCUACCUCUUGGGUGAACUCUAGCAAUUACAAGGUGGUUCUGCUGGGCAUGGACAUCCUGUCCGCCCUGGUGACCCGGCUGCAGGAUCGGUUCAAGGCGCAGAUCGGCACAGUGCUGCCAAGUCUAAUAGACAGACUAGGAGAUGCUAAAGACUCUGUGAGGGAGCAGGACCAAACUCUGCUGCUAAAGAUCAUGGAUCAAGCUGCUAAUCCCCAGUACGUAUGGGACAGAAUGCUUGGAGGCUUCAAACACAAGAAUUUCCGUACUCGAGAAGGCAUCUGUCUCUGCCUUAUAGCAACACUCAAUGCCUCUGGAGCGCAGACUUUAACACUAAGCAAGAUUGUGCCACAUAUAUGCAACUUACUUGGAGAUCCAAACAGCCAGGUUCGAGAUGCAGCAAUAAACAGCUUAGUGGAAAUUUACAGACAUGUAGGAGAACGUGUGAGGGCAGAUCUCAGUAAAAAAGGAUUGCCACAGUCCCGGUUGAAUGUAAUUUUUACAAAAUUUGAUGAAGUCCAGAAAUCUGGAAACAUGAUACAAUCUGCAAAUGAUAAAAAUUUCGAUGAUGAAGAUUCUGUGGAUGGUAACAGACCUUCCUCUGCUAGUUCUACGUCAUCCAAGGCUCCACCAAGUUCUCGGAGAAACGUUGGAAUGGGAACCACCCGCCGGCUUGGUUCAUCCACCCUGGGAUCCAAGUCUUCAGCUGCAAAAGAAGGAGCUGGUGCUGUGGAUGAAGAGGAUUUUAUUAAAGCAUUUGAUGAUGUACCUGUAGUACAGAUUUAUUCCAGCCGAGACCUUGAGGAAUCCAUAAACAAAAUUAGGGAAAUACUAUCUGAUGACAAGCAUGAUUGGGAGCAGAGAGUAAAUGCUCUAAAAAAGAUUAGAUCUUUACUUUUGGCUGGUGCCGCUGAGUAUGAUAACUUCUUUCAACAUUUGCGUCUUUUGGAUGGAGCCUUUAAACUCUCUGCUAAGGAUCUGCGGUCUCAGGUAGUGCGGGAGGCUUGUAUCACGUUGGGGCAUCUGUCAUCAGUUCUGGGGAAUAAGUUUGACCAUGGAGCUGAAGCCAUUAUGCCAACUAUCUUUAAUUUAAUUCCAAACAGUGCCAAAAUUAUGGCCACGUCUGGUGUUGUAGCUGUUAGGUUAAUUAUUCGGCACACACACAUCCCUAGGUUAAUACCUGUCAUAACAAGCAACUGUACCUCUAAGUCUGUCGCUGUUAGAAGGCGCUGUUUUGAAUUUUUAGAUUUGCUUUUACAAGAAUGGCAGACACAUUCACUAGAACGACACAUAUCAGUAUUAGCUGAAACAAUAAAGAAGGGAAUACAUGAUGCUGAUUCCGAAGCAAGAAUAGAAGCCAGAAAAUGUUACUGGGGUUUCCACAGUCACUUCAGCAGAGAAGCAGAGCACUUAUACCACACCUUGGAGUCCUCCUACCAGAAAGCCCUGCAGUCCCACCUGAAGAACUCAGACAGCAUAGUGUCUCUGCCUCAGUCAGACCGCUCGUCUUCCAGCUCUCAAGAGAGUCUAAAUCGUCCGCUGUCUGCCAAAAGAAGUCCUACUGGAAGUACCACAUCUAGAGCUUCUACAGUUAGUACCAAAUCUGUGUCAACGACUGGGUCCCUCCAGCGAUCUCGAAGUGAUAUUGAUGUGAACGCAGCAGCCAGUGCCAAAUCCAAAGUCUCAUCUGCGGGCACGACGCCUUUCAGCUCUGCAGCGGCUUUGCCUCCAGGGUCAUACGCAUCCUUAGAGUCCAGACACAUGAGGGAAGACAUGGAGUACAUAGGCCUGGACUCAGGUCGGAUCCGCACAAGACGGCAAAGCUCUGGGAGUGCCACCAACGUCGCCUCUACACCUGAUAACCGGGGCCGCAGUCGCGCUAAAGUGGUUUCACAGUCCCAGCCUGGCAGCCGGUCAAGUUCCCCAGGAAAAUUGUUGGGAAGUGGUUAUGGUGGACUUGCUGGGGGCUCCUCACGAGGCCCACCUGUGACACCAUCCUCAGAAAAGCGAAGCAAGAUUCCCAGGAGCCAGGGAUGUAGCCGGGAAACAAGUCCAAACCGAAUAGGAUUAGAUCGAUUUGGGCUUGGCCAGCCAGGAAGAAUACCUGGUUCUGUGAAUGCCAUGAGAGUUCUGAGCACAAGUACAGAUCUUGAAGCUGCUGUUGCCGAUGCUUUGCUGUUAGGAGACUCCAGGAGCAAGAAGAAGCCUGUGAGGAGGAGAUAUGAGCCGUAUGGGAUGUAUUCUGACGAUGAUGCCAACAGUGACGCCUCAAGUGUUUGCUCUGAGCGCUCCUAUGGCUCCAGGAAUGGUGGCAUUCCCCAUUAUCUGCGGCAGACUGAAGAUGUAGCAGAAGUUCUCAACCACUGUGCUAGUUCAAACUGGUCAGAAAGGAAAGAAGGGCUUCUGGGCCUGCAGAACUUACUGAAGAGCCAAAGAACACUGAGUCGAGUUGAACUGAAAAGGUUGUGUGAGAUCUUCACCCGGAUGUUUGCUGACCCUCAUAGCAAGAUUGCUGAUUCAGAAGCAGAAUGUGAGGAUAAAGAAGGAAAUUUGUUUCCAUCAGAAGUCUCUUGUACAAGAGUUUUCAGUAUGUUUUUGGAGACUCUUGUGGAUUUUAUAAUAAUUCAUAAGGAUGAUUUACAAGACUGGCUUUUUGUUCUUCUCACACAAUUACUUAAGAAAAUGGGAGCAGAUUUACUUGGAUCUGUGCAAGCAAAAGUUCAAAAGGCUCUAGAUGUCACAAGGGAUUCCUUUCCAUUUGAUCAACAAUUUAACAUUUUGAUGAGAUUUAUUGUGGAUCAAACUCAAACUCCAAACCUCAAGGUCAAAGUUGCAAUCCUGAAAUACAUUGAGUCUCUGGCCAGACAGAUGGAUCCAACAGAUUUUGUAAACUCUAGUGAGACAAGGCUUGCUGUUUCUAGAAUCAUAACCUGGACAACAGAACCAAAGAGUUCAGACGUGAGAAAGGCAGCACAAAUUGUGCUAAUCUCUCUGUUUGAAUUGAAUACUCCUGAAUUUACCAUGUUACUUGGUGCCUUGCCAAAAACAUUCCAGGAUGGUGCCACCAAACUCCUGCACAACCACCUCAAGAAUUCCAGUAACACCAGUGUGGGCUCUCCAAGCAAUACGAUUGGCCGGACGCCCUCCCGACACACCAGCAGCAGGACCAGCCCCCUAACCUCACCCACCAACUGUUCCCAUGGGGGUCUGUCUCCAAGCAUGCUGGACUAUGAUACCGAGAACCUGAACUCUGAAGAAAUCUAUAGUUCUCUACGUGGAGUUACAGAAGCCAUUGAAAAGUUUAGUUUUCGAAGCCAAGAAGAUCUGAAUGAGCCCAUUAAACGAGAUGGCAAAAAGGAAUGUGAUAUUGUGUCCCGUGAUGGGGGUGCUGCCUCCCCUGCCACCAGCGAGGUAGAAGGAGGCCGGACAGCUCUGGAUAACAAGACCUCGCUACUCAACACCCAGCCUCCGCGCGCCUUCCCGGGACCGCGGGCACGAGACUACAACCCAUACCCCUACUCAGAUGCCAUCAACACCUACGACAAGACUGCCCUGAAAGAGGCUGUGUUCGAUGACGACAUGGAGCAGCUUCGAGAUGUUGAAUAUUCAGAGUUGAGGUUUCUUAAAAGAACAUGGAGGAGAAAGGAUGUGCCUUUCUGCCGUAGAAACCGUGUUCACAGCCCUGCAGUGCCCAUCGACCAUUCUGACCUGGUGGCUGACCUUCUGAAAGAGCUGUCCAACCAUAACGAGCGAGUGGAGGAACGGAAGGGAGCCCUGCUGGAGCUGCUCAAGAUCACGCGGGAAGACAGCCUUGGUGUCUGGGAGGAGCACUUCAAGACCAUUCUGCUCCUGCUGCUGGAGACCCUCGGAGACAAAGACCAUUCAAUUCGAGCACUGGCGUUGAGAGUUUUGAGGGAAAUCCUGAGAAAUCAACCAGCAAGAUUUAAAAACUACGCCGAGCUGACGAUUAUGAAGACUCUGGAAGCCCACAAAGACUCCCAUAAGGAGGUGGUGAGAGCAGCUGAGGAGGCUGCGUCCACACUGGCCAGUUCCAUCCACCCGGAGCAGUGCAUCAAGGUGCUCUGCCCCAUCAUCCAGACGGCCGACUACCCCAUCAACCUUGCCGCCAUCAAGAUGCAGACCAAAGUCGUCGAGAGGAUCGCCAAGGAGUCGUUGCUGCAGCUCCUCGCGGACAUCAUCCCGGGCUUGCUGCAGGGUUAUGACAACACCGAAAGUAGUGUGCGUAAGGCCAGCGUGUUUUGCUUGGUGGCAAUUUAUUCCGUAAUUGGAGAAGACCUGAAACCUCACCUUGCACAGCUCACAGGGAGCAAGAUGAAGCUACUAAACUUAUAUAUCAAGAGGGCCCAGACCACCAACAGCAACAGCAGCUCCUCCUCCGAUGUCUCCACGCACAGCUAAUGGCAGCACCUGUCUCUUGUGUAGACCUAGAAGCAAUCGGUGGUGCCUCUCAGAGACCUCUCCCCACCCCCUUCAUCGGCUGCCCAGUCAGUACAAGGAGGCCCACAAAUAUUUAUUACAAUCAGUAUUUUGGUCCCUUCCAGCUUUUCUGUAGAAUCUUACUGGUAUUGAAUGUAAAGGAAGCAAGGCCUGUAUUGCAGUCUUCAUACAAAAUGAAAGGAAUAAGAACAGAAAAGAGCCAUACUGAAACAUGUCUUGUACAGCCUGCUGAGAUGGCGAAACCAUGUGUGUGGGGUGCAGUUUUUAAAAAUCAGAGCGCUGUAGCCACUACUUGGUAGAAAGUAGCAAUUUUUUUUUUUUCCAGUUAAUAACGGAUUUGGGGGUGGGGUGGGGUGUUACUUUGUGUUCCUCCUCCUCAGCCUGUUUUCUUGUGAGUAUGGUCUGUGUGGGCCUUUCACAGCUGACACCAUGAAAGGUGGCACAUCUUUAAGUUGUGUUCUGAGACCUACUAAAAGUGGGAAUCAAGUCUUGGCAAGAACAGUCUGAAGAUGGCCUUUUAACAAAUGCUGGGAAUUUUUCUUGUCAUAUCCGGACUGGAGGCCGACUGCCCUGGCUUUCAGCAUAGAAUUGGGAGUGCACCCCAGCAGUCUCCUUCCAGCCCUCCCUAAUCAACUCCACAGACAAGGUCCUCACCCCACAGCUUCCAUGCAAAGGAAUUCUUCAAAUUUAAAUCUGGACACAAAAAUAAGAUAAAUGUAUGGCAUCAUUUAGGGAUGCCUGAGAUGGCAGUUCAUGAAGCACAGAAGAUAAAAGAGAAGUCUUUCAUCUUUACUGCUGAGGUCCUUGGGAGCACUGUUGUCGUGGGGGUUCUGCCAAGACCUUCAUCCCUGGGCUACUUGGUGAUUCGGAUUUAGCAGCAACCUCUUUCCUCUCCCUAAAGUUCUGCUGCAGCUGUUCAGUUCUAACAUGGUCUCAAUCUGGUAAAUGCCAUCUUUACCAUCUUAGUUCUGACUUCUCCGUUUAAUGUGGGAUUAAGAGCAAAGAAAAGCCUAGAGAGACUGGAUAUCACAAUUUUCUUAAUGUUACAAACUGAAGUAGUUCCUUGAAUGUCUGUUGAUGAAAUAGUCACUGUUUAAGGAAAAAGUAAUUAUGAGGUGUAGCAGAUUGCAGAAAAACAGGACUAGAAACACACUCAAAAAGAACACACAUUUAGAGUCUCUCUUCCUCCUCAAGGAACCACUAGACCCCCUUCUUAGAAACACCUUUAGAGCCUAAUUACUCCAAUAAAAGCAAUUCGAGGUUUGCAGUCUGUUUAAAUAAAUUUUGACUAAAAUUCUUAAGCCAAAUGGAAAUUCUUAAUGCAAUCAUGAGGACUUCUAUUGUCUCUUCCUGUUGUAUUAGAUCCUAUACAUUGAACUGAUAUUUCCAUAAGGAAAACGCUUCUUUUGAGAUUAAUUCUAAUAAUGUAUUUGCUAUUCCAGUGCAGAGCCCACUGCAACUGCUAGGACUGAAAGCAGACGCUGGGUGCCAGAGCACGUGGUUCUCACCAUCAUUUCCACAGACCCCUCUGCCCUGACUGACCCUCCAGAUUGGAUGUAGGAAGCUGGGAAAGACUGAUGUAUUUGGAAGCGCUGAAAAUGAAGGCCUCAUAGUGCGUAGGAACAGUGAAGCCAGGGUGCUGACCGUGGGUGUGUGUGUGUGUGUGUGUGGCGUGUGGGGUAUGUGUGUGGCGUGUGGUUGUGUGUGUGGCGUGUGGUGUGUGUUUGUGCAUGCACCCUACACGUGUGGUACCUCACUGCUGCUGUUUAGGGAACUUGAGGGAUGCAUUUCAAGGGGUUGGGUAUUCCUGACUAGCUUUGGCUUAAAAUACAGCAGGACCAGGUCUUUUGUUGAUAAAUACUGUUGGUUUAUUAAAAUGUCAUUAAUGGCAUUUCUUUUUUACACUCUACAAGUGAAUUAGGGAGUCUUUUGUUGACCCGUCUGUUGUAGGAAUGUGCGUCGGGCUAGGUUAUCCAUGAGUGUCUUUAUGCCUAAUGCAGUUAGAAAGACCUUCCUCCUUGAGCUGUUUGUCUCCCAGAAGGUCCUCCAGUCCCCGGUGUACUUAGAAAGGAUCUUGAACAUUGCUGGACGUCCUCAUAGUACUCACAAAGGGCUAGCCUUGAAUGUCACUUGCCCAGUCUUCAGUCUCCUGACAGAUACAAUCACGUCACAGGUCUCUUGGCCUCAAUCUGAAAACUGCUGCCGCCGCGCCGAGGAGACUCGCAUGCCGCCACCACCUCACUGGGAGGGCGCCGAGGCCACCGUCGCCCCCUAGACCCUGACAGCUGCAGCUGCCUUGCCUUGCCGCCGCCUCCCUGCAGGGCCCCUGUUCCAGUGAAAAACAGAACACGAAAGAGCAGAGCACCUAGGCCUGUCUCUGCCUCCCCGUCUACCUGACUGGCCAGGGCCGGAGAGCCCUGCUGCUCCACUUCGGGGCCGGGAGGGCUGACUCCCUGCUUCCUCCGAGCUGCUGCCUCCCCUGCAGCCAGGGUCUGGGCAGGGUGCGGCCAGUCCUUGGGGCACGCAGCUUCCUUCAAGUGCACUGUGUGUGCUUCCCGGACCUGCGGCGACGCCACGGGCCUGCCUUUUCUACGCGCCUCACUAGCUUACCACCCUGUGCAGGUAAUGCAACUGACUUUGUCUCAUCAGCCUUUUUCUUUCCCUGCCACCCUUUAUUUAUCAAGCAUAAUGUUACACUUUAAAGGACAGCAAGUAAGAACUUGGUAGAAUCCCACCAGGACUUUGCUAACAAUAAUGUUUGGAAAUAAAGAAAUGCUCUGAAAAAUAUCAGCCACCAAAAUAGUUUUGUUGGCACUGUGUUCACACGCAUGGUCCCCACACCCCCAGGUUGGGUGGGUUUUUUGGUUUUUUUGGGUUUUUUUGUUUUUGGGCUUUUUCAUGUUACAUCCAUAUCUGUAUUUAUAUCUUAUUUGUUUCACUUUCAAGUGUAUCAUGGCAAAUGUACAGAUUUUUUUUGUUAAUAAUGUGCUAGGAUUUGCUAAAAAAGAAAACAAACAGAAAAAAACCCCUUUUGAGUUUGCCCUAGAAUAAAUGAGACUUAAUUCAA